CUCCUUGUUGCUUUAGGUAUUGGGUUUCACUUUCUGCAACUCGGAUCAGCUCAGCCAGCUCCUCUGAAGAAUAACUGAAGAAUAAAUGUCGUUCCCUCCAUUUUAGGAGAUGGCAUACUAAGGAGUUGGUCGGCACUGCCCAACUAGGACUUCUUUUUCUGACCUCCCUAGUUUUGUUCUUCUGGUUACAAGUGGAGGGAAGAAGGCUGAGCUGAGUGUGCUUGGGCUAGUUUUGUAAACCAACUCUCCUCUGUGUGGUCAGCUCCGCCAGAAGACUCAGUUUCGGCAGCAGGUGGGGGUGUGAGUCCAAGUGGCUGCUUUGCAUCUUGGAGGCAGACUUUCUGUUCUUCCACUGAAGAAGGCCAGAGGUCUGAGCAAAGGUUCUCUGAAGGAUGGACUCCGGCUCCCUGAGGAAUAAAGUCCCGGCUUUCUUAUCAGACCUGGGGAAAGCAACCUUGAGAGGCAUCAGGAAAUGCCCCCGAUGCGGCACCUACAACGGCACUCGUGGGCUGAGCUGCAAAAACAAGACCUGUGGCACCGUCUUCCGCUACGGCUCACGGAAGCCGGCUGGCAUUGAUGCUGUCAAGAUCAUUACCGGCUCGGACCUCCAGAUCUACUCAGUGCGGCAGAGGGACAGGGGCCCCGAAUAUCGGUGCUUUGUGGAGCUGGGCGUCUCGGAGACCACCAUCCAGACUGUGGACGGGACCAUCCUCACCCAGCUCAGCUCUGGGCGCUGCUACCUCCCAGCAUGUCUGAAGGCAGCGACCCAAGGGGUGGUGGAAAACCAGUGCCAGCACCUGAAGCUUGCUGUGAGCUGCCAGGCAGAGGCCACCCCCUUGACGCUGAAAAGCUCCGUCUUGAACUCAAUGCAGGCCUCGCCCCAGACCAAGCACACCCUCUGGGAGCUGGCCACCCAGCCCUCGGGGCCCCUGGUACAAAGAAUCACUAAGAACGUGCUGGUGGUCAAGUGCAAGGCCGGCCCGAAGCACAGCUUGGGCUAUCUCCACAUCACUUUUGCUCCCAGGUCUGGCCACAAGCACCUAGCGGGCUCCCGCUUUUUCUGCCCCUGCCAGUCCUUGAGGGCCAGCAAGGCUGGCCCUGCCACGGAAGAGGGCAGCCAGAAAUGCAUCCAUUUCUUUGCCUGCAUCUGUGCCUUCGCCAGCGACGAGGCUUUAGCCCAGGAGUUUGCGGAUUUCCUCAGCGAUGAGCCUGGUGGUUUGCAUUCCCCGGCAAGAGCUCCGCUUGCUUGCCAGCCAGAAUCCCCUCUGCCCUCGGUAGACUCUGUGGCCUCCAAAGCGAAGCGCAAGAAGAAGGACGAAGGGCUGGGCAUGCAGGCCAGCAGCCCCCUCUUGUCUCAAGAUCUGGCAAACAACUCCUUGCAGAAAAAUGGACUGAAGAAGGCAUCCGUUGCAUCGCUGAAAAGGCAAACUGGCGGUCAGGUGCUGGAGGAGUCGCAGGUGGCCUUGUCCUUCCUGGAGUGGCUGGCCAGCGCCACGGAGCGGAUCCACCAAGCCAUGCACUACCAGUUUGACGGCAAGCCGGAGCCCCUCGUCUUCCACGUCCCGCAGGCCUUCUUCGAAGCUCUCCAGCAGCGAAUCUGCCUUGGGAGCGUCAAGAUGCGGCUUCCCAACUCGACGACAGGUGAUAGUGCUCGCUUGGACCCGUGUUCCCCAAUGGCUGCUUUUAAGACCAGGUUCGGUGUGUUGGCUGGCCGCUGUUUGGGGCUGAUGGAAGAGGCUGCUCUGCCUGAUUCCGCAGGUGGACGCUUGACUGGCAGAGAGAAAGUCCCUGGCAACGUGGUCCAGAGGCAGCCCUUUGCAAAUUUGGGAGGGGCUAUCUGUUGCAACACCUUCCCUCCGCACAUACAUCUCUUUUUGGCAAAAGAGCAGUCCACUUGGCUUACACUGGCCUUUGCUUUUGUCCGCAAAGAUGCCUUACCGCUGGGUACUUUUUCUAAAUACACGUGGCACAUCACCAACAUCUUGCAGGUGAAGCAGAUCUUUGACACUGUGGAGAUGCCUCUGGAAAUAACCCGCAGCUUCAUCCAGAACCGGGAUGGGACCUACGAGCCCUUCAGGUGCCCCAAAGUGGAGGUGGAGAGCAUCGCUGAGACCUACGGACGCCUGGAGAAGCAGCCUGUUCUUCGCCCCCUGGAACUGAAAACUUUCUUGAAAGUUGGUAACACAUCCCCGGAUCAAAAGGAACCGACGCCUUUCAUCAUUGAGUGGAUCCCGGACAUCCUCCCCCAGUCCAAAAUUGGCGAACUGAGGAUCAAAUUUGAGUACGGCCACUACAGGAACGGCCACCCUGCCGACUACCAGGAGCAGCGUCCUUCCCUGGAUCAGGCCCUGGAGAUCAUGCCACUCACCACCCUCACCUUCCCCUGAGCGCCCCUCGCCUCUGUCUUUGUGUGCACAGCUGCACAGGCCCAUUCCGUAGCCGGCCACUCUCUCCUGCUCCCUGCCACAGUUUCACGUGACUUCGCUGCCCAUCCUCUGCUCUCAAGGAGUUUCUCACUCGGGCCUCUCUUGCAAACAGCCGCCUCCCUCUCCCCCAGCCAAGUCAGAUGGUGGAAUUAGUCCUCCCUGAAUCCCCUGAAUGGCCGGCUGGCGCUCCAGCACACCAAGAGUGCCCCAGCCAACUCCUGUCCCUCCUUUCUCCCUGAGACGGCUGUCGUCCCAGCAGGACUGGCUGGCUGGAUGCUACGGUCACUUUACUGGCCUAUUUUACAGUAUAUAUUUAAAAUAAAUUAAUUUAAGGCCAUGGCAA